AUGUUUGAAAGUCGACCCGAACUCAUCAAGGUGUUCAGCAAUUUCGACAGCAAAGAUGUAUCCGAGUUACGUGACUCGCGGUUGCUACACGACCACGCUCUGCGCGUCAUGGCAACGGUAGAGGCAGUCAUUUCGCAGCUUGAGGACAUGCCAGAAGUAGCCAAGACGCUCAAAGAAGUUGGAGAGGUCAUUUUACCGCAUUUUCUGACAGCCAUACGUCAACAUUUAGAUUCUUCUUGGUCAAAUGACGUAGAAAUUGCAUGGACAAAACUGUUUGAUGUCAUCAUCUUCUACUUGACAGACGGCGAUGUAAUUUAA